AUGCUCCUCCGCAGUCGAGGACUCGUUUUAGUUUGCAGCCUAUUGACAGUGAUCCUCUUCUGCUAUUGGGCUGGUAGGACCCCUGAAUACGUUGGACCCCGAUAUGGACACGGCCCUUACAACCACAACCAGAAGCACGGCUGGCCCGUAAUGACUUCGCUGUGGAGGCAAGACCAGGAUGACAACUAUUACUGGAACACCGUCAAAGUCAACUAUCCUCACUCCGCCUUCCAACCACUGCCCACUUCUCCUCCUGUCACCUAUCCCAAGGUCCAAGCCACGUUCCCUGAAUUCUCCAUUAGUACUGCUGAACUGCGACGCGAGCGUCAACAGGCUGUCAAGGAGACCUUCACAAGAUGUUGGAACUCUUACAGAAAGCACGCCUGGAUGGCAGACGAGCUCAGUCCCGUCUCGGCUGGCCAAGCAAAUCCAUUCGGCGGCUGGGCCGCUACUCUCGUUGACUCCCUUGAUACCCUUUGGAUCAUGGAUAUGCGCCAAGAAUUCUACGAAGCCGUGGAUGCAGUCGACAAGAUUGACUUCACAGCCACGGAUCUCAAAGAAGUCAAUAUAUUUGAGACCACUAUCCGUUAUCUUGGCGGCUUUCUGGCCGCCUUUGAGCUUAGCGAGGAUAUGCGUUUGCUCCGCAAGGCAGUCCAGGUUGGUGAAAUGAUUUACAAGGCUUUUGACACACCCAACCACAUGCCUAUCUUGCGUUGGAAUUUUCACGCCGCCGGGGAGGGUAAAAAUCAGAUUGCUGGUGCCGGAGUCCUCGUUGCAGAGAUUGGAAGCUUGUGUAUCGAGCUUACACGUCUCUCGCAACUCACGGGAGAUGCCAAGUGGUUUGACGCCUCACAGACUAUCAUGGAUCUCCUGGCGGCACAGCAAGAUUCUACCAUGCUCCCUGGACAGUGGCCUCUGAUUGUGGAUGCAAAGAGCCAGAUCUUUAACCAAGGAUCCGUUUUCACCCUCGGUGCAAUGGCUGACAGUGUGUACGAAUACUUGCCGAAGAUGGCAGCACUAACAGGUGGACAACUGCCUGCUUACCAGGCCAUGUAUGAAAAGGCCGUGGAUGCAGCAUUAGAACACAAUUUUUUUCGGCCGAUGACGCCUGAAAACAAAGACAUUCUCAUAUCUGGACAAAUUCAUGCCAAAGACAAAGGUGGAAAAAUCCAGUUGGAACUCGAGAGUCAGGGACAGCAUCUAGUUUGUUUUCUUGGAGGCAUGCUGGCAUUAGGUGGGCGACUCUUCAACCGCCAGCAGGACGUCGACACUGCGGUCAAACUCACCAAUGGUUGCAUCUACACUUAUGAAGCAUUUCCUCAUGGUAUCAUGCCUGAGACUUUCUACAUGGUUCCGUGUGACUCCAAGGAGCAUUGUCCAUGGGACGAAAAGCUGUGGAAGGAAGGUGUUCUCAAGCAGGCAAAGAUCAAAGAGGGCGAGACAGCACAGGCGGAUGCUAUUAUCAAAGACGAGCAUCUUCCCGGAGGGUUUACUCAUAUUCCUGAUCGCCGAUACAUCCUGCGCCCAGAGGCCAUUGAGAGUGUUUUCAUGAUGUACCGGGUCACCGGCGAGAACGAGUAUACCGAGCACGCUUGGACUAUGUUCAAAUCGAUUAAAGAAGCGACCAAGACAGAGCUGGCCAACACAGCUGUAUGGGAUGUUACUGUUGCAGAGGAGAAACCCCGCGCCGUGGAUUCAAUGGAGUCCUUCUGGAUGGGUGAAACACUCAAGUACUUUUAUCUCAUUUUUAGCGACCCGGAGCUGAUCAGUCUGGACGAAUAUGUGUUUAAUACUGAAGCACACCCGCUCAGACGGUUGGUGGCAUGA